AGCUUAUAACCGCCACCGUCAUCCAUUCCGGUCUGUUAUUGCCCUCGCGUCCCAAUCCUUGACAAAAAUGGUGUUUAAUGCGUGUGCUUUGUUGGUGCGACGCGGCGUAUCGGUCUCGAGAUUAACCAUUCCGGUUCGUGCUGUUGUGUAUUCUCAAAUCAAACCCCUUUCCAACGUGCGAUCGUUUUCGGUGUGCCGCUUCUCAAUCAGAUCGACGGAAAGUAGCAGAAUCUCCACCGCACUACUCUCAACAGGUGCCAACAGCCGGAACGUUGCUACGGAUUGCGAUGCUAGCAGCAAGUUUGCACCGGGUUGCAUCGAACCACGGCUCGUGGCCACACUGGCCGAGGUAGAGGAUCUACCGAAUCAUCCCGAGGUGUUACUGAUCGAUGUGCGUGAACCAGCGGAACUGGAGGCAACGGGACGCAUACCGACAAGCAUUAAUAUACCACUGAAAACCGUACAGCGUGAACUGGGGCUCGGUGCGGAAGCGUUCGAGGCCAAGUACGGUCGCAAGAAGCCAGCGCUGGAUGAUCCGCUUAUCUUUAGCUGCCGUUCCGGUGUUCGUGCCGGACAGGCGGCUCUUCAAGCCGAUCAGCUUGGUUUCCGAAACGUAAAGAACUACGUCGGCUCAUGGUUGGAGUACGGCCCGAAGCACGGUUUACCGGCGUAACUGCUACGUGAGGUCUCGUUCUCAAUCAGCAACAGCAACAGCGGCAGCAGCCAGUAGUAUCUAAUUAAACGCGACAGCGGAUCUUAUCCAUGAAGCGAAUAAAGCGAAGCAAUGAGAUAACGUGCAAACAUACGAGUGUGCUUGUUUGUUG